AUGGCAUCCUAUUUUACCUUUCGCCGUGGCCCUCCCACGUUACAGCGUUUUUCUUCAGCUUCCACCAUGACACUUUAUUCUCACUUGCGUCAAGAUAACUGCAAGAUACAAACGCACUCAGCCUGCCAAAAUAUUUUCCUCCUCCUCCUCCCUCUCCUCCUCCUCCUCCUCCUCUACCUUCUUCUUCGUCUUUUUCUUCCUUUCCUCUUCUUCAAUCUUCUUCCGUUUUCUUAUCGUCUUCUUCACUUUCCUCUUCUUGAUCUUCUUCUCUUUAUCUUCUCUUCCUCCCCUACACACCUACUCUUCCUUAUUCGUCUUUUCUCCCUCUUCUCUUCCUCCUCCUUCUCUUCCUCUUCUUCCUCCUCCUUUUUCUUCUCCUCCUCCUCCUCCUCCUUUUUCUUCGUCUCUUCUUAUUUUCUUCUCUUUCUUAUUCUCCCUUCUUUUCCUUCUUCUUUAUCUGUUAUUCAUCAGAAUAUUCAGUGUAAAAUUCACGCCUAA